UGGAUAGACAGAGAGAGAGAGAGAGAGAGAGAGAGAAUGAGAGACUGAGAGUACAGAGAUACUAUUGAACUAUAUAAGGCAGAGGACAGAUUCAGUAUAAAUCAGGAUAUGCACUCAGAAGCAAAAUAAUCAGUAUCUGUAAAUUGAUGUAUGACUGGCUGACCUGCUGUUGCCCAUUUGAACUGCAGCUUUCAGCACCCAGUUUAUGGGACAAUUGACCAAUAGAGAACUGCACUUCUGAAUUCACUUUCAGCCUUCAACAGCAUCAAACAUGACAACUGCCACAAGACUUCUGGAUGAGCUCUGUCACUUAAAGGCUCAGUCUCUAGAAUCAUUGGAGCCUUUAGAUCACUUCCAAGUUAUUAAACUUCUUGGAGAGGGUUCAUAUGGAAAAGUCAAAUUAGCAGUGCACAAGAAGAGAGGAACACCAAUGGCCCUUAAAUUCUUCCUGAGAGACGACAUAUCUCUACUGUCCUUUCUGAGGGAAUAUAACCUGUCUUUGGCCUUUUGUACCCACCCCUCACUUACCUCAGCUUUAGGCAUCGCUUUCUCAACUCCUACUCACUAUGUGUUCGCCCAGCAACCUUGCCUUUAUGGCGACCUAUAUGAUGUCAUCGUUCCUGAGGUUGGUCUUGAAGAGAGCCGUGCCCAAGGAGUGGCUUCCCAGAUCAGCGGUGCUCUCUCUCACCUCCAUUCCCUUGGCUUUGUCCACCGUGAUGUCAAGCCGGAAAACAUCUUCCUGUGUGACCGUGAGUGUCGUUGGGUCAAACUUGGUGAUUUUGGCAUGGUGAAGGCUAAAGGCACCAGGGUACCAUGCGUGUGGUACAGCUCCCCUUACUGCACACCCGAGUCUGAGAUGGCAAGGAAGAACCAAGAGAACCAUUUGGGUAACUUGGGGAUGGACAAAAAUGGAAACACGCAAAAAGGCGACUCUGGAAAGACUCACAGGAUGUUGGUGUCUGUGGAUCCCACUACAGACAGCUGGGCAUUAGGCAUUUUAAUCUACGCCAUGCUAAUGGGGAGCCUUCCAUGGUCUGAGACUGUUUCAGACAACACUGCAUAUAAAUGCUAUCUACAAUGGACCAACUGGGAAGGAUCACCAUCACAGGAGAGAGGAUCACAUCAGCCUGAAAACUUCCAACAGAUGGCACCACAGUUUGCGGCGUUCACUCCUCUUGCGGCUUGUCUUCUUAGGGCCCUGCUCCACCCACAGUUCAGGCUUCGAGGCAGGCCAGAUGAGGUGGAAAGAUAUCUGGGAGGAGCCUGGCUAUUGGACAAGGAUGUCAGUGGGUGAUGCAUCAAAAAGGCAGGACGGAGAUCAUUAGUUUGUCAUUCACUCGUCACCUUUUAGAAGUAGUUCUGAUGGUAGUUUUAAUCAUAAGCCUGCUGUGCAUCCUAUGCAUUAUUAGCUGAGAGUUUGUUUUCCUAACUGACCACUAGAUCUUAGCUGUAAACACUGAAAACACAAAAGUUCCUGGGAAAAAAAGUUCCGGGUAUAUGUUACGGGUAAUUUUGGUGGAAACUCGGCACAAGAGUGGAAAGCUCUGCGGUUGAUCUUCUUACAAUGCCACUGGUCUUUAUAGAUCUACUGACUACCAAGAGCAGCACAAAUUAGCAUCUGGAUUAAGAAUAUGGCAGUAUAUGGAGUUGGUAAGGGUUAUAUAAUUGAAAAGGGGCAGUAUUUCUAAAAAAACUUGGGCUCCAUCCACAGUCCAGCAACAUUACUACACUACAAAACAAUGUGCUUCCCACAAAGAUCAGUGUAAUGCUAUAUCCUGAAGUCCGUACC